CGAGAGGAGCGGAAGCCGGAAGUGGAGGCAUGCUUUGCGCGUGUUGAUCAUGGCGGUUAGCGGGCCUGUGGAGCCGGGGACCCCGGCGGCUGCUGCCGCCCCCUCGCCCGCCGCGGCCCGGGCUCCAGCCCCCGAGCACUUGUUCCGGCCUAUCAGCGCCGAGGACGAGGAGCAGCAGCCCGCCGAGAUCGAGUCGCUGUGUAUGAACUGUUACUGCAAUGGCACGACGCGCCUCCUGCUCACCAAGAUCCCUUUCUUCAGAGAGAUAAUCGUGAGCUCCUUUUCCUGUGAGCAUUGUGGCUGGAGCAACACGGAGAUCCAGUCGGCCGGCAGGAUCCAGGAUCAGGGAGUGCGCUACACUUUGACCGUCAGGGCCCAGGAGGACAUGAACAGAGAAGUGGUGAAAACGGACUCUGCCACCACAAGGAUCCCGGAGCUGGAUUUUGAAAUUCCUGCUUUCAGUCAGAAGGGAGCUCUGACCACUGUUGAAGGACUCAUCAGCCGUGCUGUCUCUGGCCUGGAGCAGGAUCAGCCCGCACGAAGGGCAAAUGAAGAAGCCAUAGCUGAAAGAAUUGAUGAGUUUAUUGUCAAACUGAAAGAGCUAAAGCAAGUGGCCUCUCCUUUCACUCUGAUCAUUGAUGAUCCCUCAGGGAACAGCUUUGUGGAAAACCCCCAUGCUCCCCAGAAAGAUCAUGCCCUCGUGAUCACACACUAUAAUCGGACUCUACAGCAGGAAGAGAUGCUGGGGCUCCAGGCUGAGGCACCACCAGAAGAGAAGCCAGAAGAGGAGGAUCUCAGAAACGAAGUGCUGCAGUUCAACACAAACUGUCCAGAAUGCAGUGCUCCGGCUCAGACCAACAUGAAGCUAGUUGAAAUCCCCCACUUUAAGGAGGUUAUCAUCAUGGCUACCAACUGCGAGAACUGCGGCCAUCGGACCAAUGAGGUGAAAUCUGGAGGAGCAGUAGAGCCCUUGGGUACCAAGCUCACCUUCCAUAUCACAGAUCCUUUAGAUCUGACCAGAGAUGUGCUCAAGUCUGAGACGUGUAGUGUGGAAAUCCCAGAGCUGGAAUUUGAACUGGGAAUGGCCAUCCUCGGGGGCAAGUUCACAACACUGGAGGGGCUACUGAAAGACAUCCAGGAACUGGUGACCAAGAACCCUUUCACACUGGGUGACAGUUCCAAUCCUGGCCAGAUGGAGAAACUGCAGGAGUUUAGCCGGAAGUUAGACCAGAUCCUUCAGGGUAACAUGAAGGCCCACUUUAUUAUGAAUGAUCCAGCAGGAAACAGCUACCUUCAGAAUUUGUAUGCACCUGAAGAUGAUCCUGAGAUGAAGGUGGAGCAUUAUAAGCGCACAUUUGACCAAAACGAGGAGCUAGGGCUCAAUGACAUGAAGACAGAGGGCUAUGAGACAGGCCUGGCCCCACAGCGGUAGUGAUGGGUAGAUUCCGAGCCAGCCUCCAGUGCUGCUUAGACUGAAGGGUUAUUUCUGUCGGGAAAGGCUGGGGGUAUCCUCAGCCCCCAUGUGGUCUGAGAGAUGUGGGCAGUUUUGUGAACGGUUUGUGAUGGAAGUGCAAGCCUGUUUACUUGACUGUAUUUUGGAGGUUUUGAAUUGGCCUGGGAAGAAACCCAGAAAUGAACCAUGGGGCAUGUCAUUAUCCCUUUUUUUCCUGUCACCUCUUUACCCUCCCUCCACAUAAUGCUCUCUCUAGGGUUGGAACUCUGAAGAUGGAAGACAGCUACAUCUGGAGUUUGGGAGUUGGCUGGGGAAUAUAAAAUACUGGCUUUCAACAGGAAAAGAGUCUUCUGAGGGAGGGAGUCCAGCACAGGAGAAGCAGCUCUCAUUAAAGUGGUGGCUUUCCAUCAGGACUGGCCUCUGAAUUCAUUCUGUCCUUAUUUGAUACCAUGCUAGUAGAAUUCAACCUCCUGAAUAAAUUUUCCCCAGUGUAGUCAAUUUGGGGAUCGGAGCUGGCAUUUCAUUCAUCCCUUCAGUAGAUAUUUGAGUGCUUACUUUGUGCCAGGUACACCACAAAACUGAACAAAAUAAAGCCCUUGUUCAUGGAAUUUAAAGUGAACUUUUGAGGUCAAAUCCAUAGUUCCUGCACUUGCUUUAUUAGAUGCAGCUAACAAGUAGAGGGCAAAGCUCAGUGCCACCCUAUGAGGUACACAGGGUUGGGAUCUGAGUGUGGGUCUUUUUUUUUUUUUUUUUUUAAGAUUUUAUUUAUUUGACAGAGCGAGCACAAGUAGGCAGAGUGGCAGGGAGAGGGAGAAGCAGGCUCUCCGCUGAGCAGGGAGCGGGACGUGGGACUUGAUCCCAGGACCCGGGGAUCAUGACCUGAGCCGAAGGCAGCCGCUUAACCGACUGAGCCACCCAGGCACCCCCUGAGCGUGGGUCUUGUCAGGCCAAGGUUGGGUGUUGAUUUGAAAGGGGAGUGGUGGAACUCAAGACAAAUGGGCAGGAGAUGGGUUGAUGGGGCUGAGAGGGUACUGGUAAUGUUCAUUGGAGCAGAAAGAUGAGGUUUUCAAAUGCCUGCUGACAGCAGGGUAGUAGAGGCAGGGCUUUGGAGUUCAGUUUGAGAUUCACCAAAGUGGACUGGAAGCCAACACAGGGUUGUGUCUGGAGGACCUCUGGGGCCCUCCAGCUAGUGAAGCCCUGUAUCAGUUCAGUGUCCCCACAAGCCCUCAGAGACCCAACCCAGUCUGCUUUCCUUCCUGGGCCUGAGCUCGACCAGUCAGGAUAACCCAGAGGUUGAAAGUUCAUGGGUCAGGGCUGUAACAUCCUCACCUGUUUUAAUGUAUAUAAUUUUUUUUUAUUAUGUUAUGUUAAUCAUCAUACAUUACAUCAUUAGUUUUUGAUGUAGUGUUCCAUGAUUCAUUGUUUGCCAUAUAACACCCAGUGCUAUAUAAAUAUUUUUUGAGCAUGUAUUAAAUUCUGAGCAUUUAUAAA